AUUCAGAGUAAAUGCUAAGCUGACUGUAACUGCCUUUGAGUCAGUGUAUGCUGUCAGCUUUAAGUUCCUACCUGUUUCCGUUUUUGGUUCCUACCUAGGUACAUAUAAGUGAAUGAGGCGGAACUAAUGUCCCGUAAUAUCGUCGUUUCCACACGUGCACGUUUAGCCGUUACACCAAUAGAAAAUAAGCUAAAUAUUUAGAGAUCAAAGGCUAAUUAAUAGGUGCUAAAGGUUAAGGAUCAUGUCUAUAAUUCCCUCCUAAGGCAUUUGUACAGCCAUUAAGGUACAUGUGGUAUACCAUACCAUUAAGCCCUUUUAGUUCCCACGUUGCUUUUGUUAUAAAUCCAUCCAUCCAUCCGAUCGCUGCACAUCCGAGGGAGUUGACUAAAGUUGACACUGACUAAACUAGCAGUUCAUCUGAUGAACUUCAGUUGCUGGUCAACGUGGUUGUCUGCUGCCCUCUUGUGGCAAUGGCGCCCUCCUGCUUGAAACCUAGUCCUAGGUCUACCAGCCCAAGACGUCCUUCCACAUCUAGAACUACUAUUUGAUGUCAAACUACAUGGUGUAUUUGUUCCUGAAAGAGGCAGUUGGAUCUUAUGGCAGCUGACUUUGGGCCAAGUGGGACUACACACUGGACUGGUUGCCAAGCAAUGACAGGGCGCAUACCUGAAUGGAAAAAGACAACCAUUCAGCAAUCAGCAGGAAGUGGGGGUGAGUGGUUGAAAUCAGGAAACUGAAUGUUGCUAUUGAUACGACGGCAGCGGGUGAAAGCUAACUUGGUGUCGUUUGAAGAGAGGGCAGCUUCAGCUUUUGGAAGGUAAAUAAAGGACCAGAUUCUGCAAAUGAUGCUCUUUGUGGGCUGAUUUGACAUCUUCAAGACAUCUCAACUAUGGAAGAACUCAUCUCCGGUAGGGAAUCAGCCAGUCCUGCGUCCCCGUCAACUCAAGAGCUGCUAAUUCUGCACACAGCCGAUGCACGGGAAUGGGCAUCAUAUUUGCAGAACAUCUUGAAGUUGUCCAAGAAAUUCCAGAAAAACUCCAUCUUGCUCUAUUCCGUCGGACCUGCCGAUAAGCUCCACGGAUGCAACUUUGAAAGUUUCCACAGCUGCAAGUGCAUCAUGCUUCUCCUCACCGGAGCAUUCCUGGACAUCCUAUGUGAGCCGGAGCUGCAGGGAGCCCUCCACGGGCUUCUCCAGCCGUCGGACAGAGUGGUGGUGCUGCUGUGUGGCGUAUCGGAAGAUGAUGUACUCAUGCUUGGCUUUGAAGGCUGGUCCACUUGGAGGAAAUUGGACACUGAGGACGAGCCUGCUGUGUAUGUCUCCACCAUUCUGGAGACCAUCGCCAACAGUAGGCUCCAGACUGAAAAUGUGAACGAAUGUGCAGCCUUAGAUCAACUCCAUUCCACACCAAGAGCCUCAGAUGAAGAUACAGCCUCAGAGGACCCGCAGGAAGAGAUGCCGACAGACCGUCAGGAAGCCAAGUUGAAGGGUGACAACCAUGUGACCUUGGGCGUUUCAGCAACUGAGGAAAUGAGCCCACACUCGCACGUGGCCUGCCUCGCCGUCCAACCCAGCCAAGUCCUGUGUGGGGUGGAGGAAAGCAUUUUCAUCAUCUUGACUCACAAAAUGGAUGACCUCACAGCACCGGAAGUGGAGUUUACCGCCAAAAAGGAUGCAACUAAAAGAGUUCCAGGCAUUGUUGUGAACGAGUACACCAUACGUGUGAAGGCACCUGAGAUGCCUGCAGGGGUGGUGUCACUCGCUUUGUGGGCCGACCAAUCAUGCAUAAGCUUAAAGUCCAUCACAUACUAUACCAACAUGGGACAAGUCAGUCGGUGUCUGGAAAAGGCUGCCGAUCCUUUGAAUUUCCUCUGUCAGGCUUUCAAUGUGAUGUCCAAUUCCACGGAGUCUUUAGACAAUAUUUUAACCGGCUCAUUAAAAUCCAAGAUGCCGGCAUCUGGUCUUCAAAUGUUUGGAAUGGGACAGAUAGAGGAGCGCAAUAUGGCAGCAUAUAAGCGUGAUGAGGAACUUCCCACGCUGCUCCACUUUGCUGCAAAGUACGGCCUGAAGAAGCUGACAAGCUUCCUUCUUCACAUUCCUGGAGCUCUGCAGGCUUACAGCGUGAUGAACAAGAACGGGGAUUACCCAAACACACUGGCAGAGAAGAGCGGCUUCUCGGAGCUCAGACAGUUUAUUGAUGAAUUAGUAUCUCACUCUGAAGACAUCACGGAGGACUAUGAGGAGAUGUCCACUGCUCGCUACUCGGGUUGUCCUAAUGACAUGUACGUGUCAAUGCUGGGCAUAAACCCUGAGUGUGCAGAUGACCUAUAUGAAGUCAUGAGUGCAGUGGUAGAAAACCCAGAGGAGGCUAUGCUGAGGACAUUUUUUCAAGCAAAACAUGGAAAGAGAGAACUUCGGGAUGAAGGGUGGAAACCUAAACAUGAGCAGAUGGAAAACGAUGACCAGAAGGACCUGGAUGAAACUGACAUCGAGUUUGACCCGUACAAAAGCGAAGAUAUCUACGAUACCGUGGAUGAACAUAGUUGCAUCAACGCAGCGGUCCUGUGUCGUCCUCCUGCACCAAUCCCGAGACCUGAAAUUGAGCCUGAGCCUGAAAAGCCGGAAACGUUUAUUUCAAGAGUAUUUUCAGAUAAAGUUGAUUCCCAAAGCCAAAUCCUGGAACUCUAUCAGGAAGCUCAGCCCGCUGUAGACCCCCCUACAGCCGUAUAUGAUGCGUUUGCUGGGAUGAAGACACCCGGACAGAGGCAGCUCAUCACGUUACAGGAGAGGGUCAAAGUGGGGGAGAUCACCGUGGAUGAAGCUGUUCAAGCUUUCAGAUCUUGGCAGUUGGACCACGAGAGCAGGGCCAGCUCAGUACGCUACCAGCAGGAUAACCUGAGAAGAUUAAGGCAGAGCAUCAACAGACGUCACAAUGAAUAUACCUUGUUUGACGCGGUGUCUCUCCUAACAGACUAUGAGAUUAGUGCUCCACUGCAGAGAAACACCUUUUGGGGAUCCACUGUGACAUAUGAGUGUGGGGUAUAUGACAGCGCCCCCAGGUUGGUGCCGCCAUCUUCUUCACACUCAAACCAGUUCAUCCAACGAGGCGGCUGGAAGACAGGAAGUACAUCUAGCACAUCCAGCACUGAGAGCAACAGACUCAGCACUCACAGCAACCUCAGCUACAGCAGCGGGACCGAGCCCGAUUACGAGGACUCUUUAGACAACCUCCCACCUCUACCACGACCUCCACGACCUUCUGAUGUUCCUCCCCUAAUACCGCCCAGAAUUCCUCCACGCAAUCCACAACGGGUCCCGGAUAGCAUGUUGCAUGAGCGCUACAUCCCCUGUCCUCGUGCACCUCCUCAGAGACCUCCUCACAGACACACAAACUCUGCUCCUCCGGUCCCACGACGACAGCGGUGAUGUGAGGCUCCGUCUCCCUGGGGGGUUCACGU